AUGGAAUACACAAAUAUAUCAAAUGCUUGCAUUUUGUUAAUGUCCCGUAAACAAAAUUUGCACUUUGAAUUGUCGAGAUUAGAAUAUGGUGGGUUUAAUGAAUAUCCGAGACAUCUUGGAGAGGAGCUAUUUGAUUUUCCUCUUGGUGGAGUUGUGGUUGGCUACCCAAAACUGACAAAGAUGUUAGAAUAUCUUGCUCCAGAAAUCAUAGCCCAUAUUGCCGACUAUCUUCCCGAACAAUCGGCCGGAGAACUAGCUCAAACAUGCCAAUCUUGCUACAAUGCUGUCUUGCCUCGGAUCUGGCAGCAACUAUCGAUUGUUGAGCCAGAACAUCUGUCUCGUAUUGCACACCGUCUGCAGAGCAACAGAUCAUGGAACCAGAAUGCAAUCAGAUUUGUUCGAAGUGUAAAUUUUUCAAAAAAGAACAACCUGCUUCAUUCGAUCUAUCCAUCACACUUGGCUGCCAUUCUUGGCUACACGAUUUCUGGCCUUGACGACGAUACCCGAGCAGCACACAGACCAGAAUCACUGAUCCCAAGAAAAAAUCAACCCAUGGACGACUUUGCCCGCAACCUACUCAUAUUGUUUCCUAAUAUUUCAAACUUGGAUCUAGAAUGCGAUCUGAUGCUCUCAAGCUUUUGCUGUGGAACAGGAGCCACCAAAGACCAAGGUCAACCAAGACAUGAUUCUCCGUAUGGAUUCAAUGGUGCCCUGAGACUACGAGAUUAUACCACCGGAAACACCGCUCUUUUGAGAGCCAUGUUGGACUAUUUCCCUAAUAUCCAGGAACUGACCUUGGAAGGUUCCCGGAUUGUAUCGAUCUGUGACGACAUUGAUGCUUCUAUUCUUUCAAAACAAGACAUCAUUGCUUUGACCUCUUUUGACUCAAGAAUGCUCGGUCGACUAUCACUGAGCUAUUUAAGCCACACAAUACCCUUAUCAUACUAUCAGUCACUGUUUUUGUGCUUACCAGAAUUAUAUGAUCUCUCGCUAGAAUGGUUCUAUCCUCCUACAAAAGAAUACUAUAUAGCUCUCUCAAGGCUUAUCCAAAAUACCUUUUCUUUAACUCCAGGAUCUGUUAAUACUUCCAAAAAUUCUUAUAAAGUACGAUUUACCUAUCGAUCAAACAAAUAA